AGGUACGAGCUGCCGGCCCCGGCCUCCGGCCAGAAGAACGAUAUCACGGCGUGGCAGGAGUGCGUGAACAACUCCAUGGCGCAACUGGAGCACCAGGCGGUCCGCAUCGAGAACCUGGAGUUAAUGUCGCAACACGGUUGUAACGCUUGGAAGGUGUACAACGAACAUCUGGUUCAUAUGAUAGAACAAGCCCAGAAAGAGCUUCAGAAGUUGAGGAAAAACAUUCAAGAUCUGAACUGGCAACGAAAGAACAUGCAGCUCACAGCUGGGGCUAAGCUACGAGAAAUGGAAUCUACAUGGGUCUCUCUUGUCAGUAAAAAUUAUGAGAUUGAACGAACUAUUGUGCAGCUAGAAAACGAAAUUUCACAAAUCAAACAGCAGCAUGGGGAAGCAAACAAGGAAAAUAUCCAGCAAGACUUCCAGUGACUUAAUCCUUACUGUCUUACUGCAGCAUAUGUUAAAAAAAGCAAACCAAAAAACUUUGGAGAUGCUAUGUGUUUGUAGACGCCUCUAGUUGCAGCUGUGUAAGGUGAUAAAAAGGUAUUUUCAGUGUUUC